UCAAAUCAUAGUAAACAAACCGUUUAAACCGUGAAACUAAUCAAAAAACAUGACUUCGUCGUUUUGGUGGAUGAAAAAGUCCAAAACGGACUCAAACAUUGUUGAUAUAUCAAAACCGCCUGUCGAAGAAGACAUUUCGUCAUCGCUGGCCGAAUUUUUACAAAAAGAGGUUAUAACCGAAGACUUACCCGUUGGCGAUAAAGGCGAACUUGAUAUCCCUAGUAUAAUCGAAGAAAUUAAUCGAAUAGCCGCUCAAAGCCCAUUAGGACCAUACGAAGAUGGUAGCGGAGAUCGUAGUGUUGAAGAUUUAAUGCGAGAGGCGGAAAAAAUUUAUAUGGAGAGUUCAAAAAGCUUUGAGCAACUCAGCCAGCAUUCGGCGACUUCCCAUAACGUUACCGAUCACUUAAACUCGAAUACUGUGAGUCCGAUGUCAGAGAAUACCCCGAAAAGUUUAGGGAAGGAGGAUGAGGAGUAUUCGGAUGAUUUUAAUAAAUCGGAAAGUGAACGAUCUUCGAAAUCGAAGGUUGACGAGAUUAGUUUGGAAAGUUUUGGAACCCCGAUCGAAGAGAAUAGGGUUAUUAAUGACAACGUUAGUAAAAACUUGCAAAAAGAUGAAGUCAUAAUUGAAAUUAACGAUAAAAUGAAUCAAGAAGAAUUCAAUUUAAAUUUGGUUGAUUCUGCCGUUCAUUUAAGCGAAAAGCAAUUAUCUUUACAAUCAGAGAUUGAAACGAAAAAUAAAGAGAUUAUCUUUUUUAAAGAUGAAGCGAUUAAAAAGGAUCAUGUUAUUGAGCACUUAAUCGAAGAGAAUAAAAUAAUUAAAAGCGAUCUUAGAGAGUUACAGUCUCAACUCCAAGAAACUAUCAAUUUGUUAGAACAAGCAAAAAACGCGUUAAAAUCGCAAAGUUUGAAAUCGCCCGAAGUCAAUUUAGAAUUAGAAAAAGCUCUGGAAGAUGUUAAAGACACGAAAGAAAUAAACACGGCGCUUCAGCUUCAAUUAGAUUCCGUGAAUCAAUCGCACCAAUUCUUAAAAAUAGCUUACGACGAGUUACAAGUUUCGAAUAAAAGUUUGGAAAGGAAAAUCGUCGACGUCGACAUCACGUUGGCUAAAUACAAAGGGGAAUUGUUAAAUUUGCAGCAUCAAAACGAAAAGUAUCAGGAGAACGAGUUAGGUUUAAAUAAAUUGUUGGAAAUUGAAAAGCUCGAAGUGAAAAGCUUAAAGUUGCAAACGGAGAAAGAUGCGAGAUGUAUCAUGGAUUUAAAUCGGCAAAUAAAAGAGAUGGAGCGGAUUAUAACGCGAAAACAUCCCGAUUCCGUUUCCGCGUUAAUCGUAGCAGCAAAAAACGACGUUUCCGAAAACAAUGUUUCAACAAAAAAAUUCUUGGAAGAUCGCAUAAAAUCGUUAGAAACCGAAGCGCAAAAGCGCGACGUCCAAAACUCCAAAGUAUUUUUAGACGUCCAAGAAAAAUUUAACCAAAUGAAAAUCAAAUAUGAAAGUCACAUCGAAGACUUGGAGUUGCACGUAAACGAUUUAAAAGAUCAAUUAAAAAGGCGCGAAGAUAAUUUUGACGUUUAUACCCAAACGGUACCAUUUGAAUCACCCCGCAAAGACACCGUUUCGGUUUCCGUUCAAACUGAAACCUUAAAAAUAAAGAAUCCCCCGAAUAUUACAAAAAGAAGCGAUAAAUUAGAUGUUCACGUUAAAGAAGACGCGCAUCUUUUAGCGACAAUAAGAGGAUUACAAACGGAUUUAUCGAAUAAAGAGAAAGCGUUGAUGAAAAGCCAACGGGAUUUGGAGGAGGUUAAAAAAACUAAUCGCAGGUUACAAAAAGAAAGGGAAGGGAGUUUGAGGAAUUUAUCCGAACGAAAAGAAUUUCGAAGUUACCCCGAGAAAUUAACGAAUCAACUAUCAAAGAAUAACGAAGAGAAACAUUGCGAUGAUGAAGUGAGAGCUUUGAGAACGGAACGGGAUAAAAUGAAAUCGCAAUUGUGUCGAAUCGAGGAUGAUUUUCAAGUUUUAAAGAAUAAAAGAAUACAAGAUUUAAAUACAUUGCAAGAAGCUCACGAAAAAGAAAUCUCAACAUACCUUGCAAACAUUACGCCGCUCAGGGAACAGCUCGAGAUUCAACAGGUAUCUUUGAGUAGCUUACAGAAACAAUUGAUGGGGACCAAGGAGGAAUUAGCUAUUGUUACCGUAGAGCGCGAUCAUUUGAAUAACAGACUCCAACCUGUUUUGCCAUCGUUUGAUUCAAGCGAUUCUAGCGAAGUUGAAGCGUUAAAGAAAAAAGUGGCUUUUUUGGAAAGACGUUACGAAGAACGAGAACACCGUUUAAGGGCUAUCGUACAUGGUUUGGCACAAAAGAACGUCUCAAAUAAGAGUUGCGACCAAUGCGCGAUAAGACAACAACAAUUAAUCGGCUACAAAGUCGAAUUGGAUCAAUUAAUUGCGACUUUGAAGUGUUUGCAAUGAUUUUCAUCCGAUUAAGUCCAAUUUGAAACGUCCAAUAACUAUUUAACGUUUUAUGAAGAAACUUAGUCCAAUAUUUAAAACUUUUAGUAUUUAGAGAUCUUCCAGUAUUUAUAGAUUUUUUAAAUAAUUUUUUUAUACAUAUUUUCUUGAUAGGACUAAAACGGUAAGUGUUAUUUAUCUGGUUAUACCCGUUGUUAUAUUGUAUUUAUAUUGAUAUUUAAACCCUAUAGUUAAUUAUAGAAGGGAAAAAAGAAAUAUUUAUUUUCAUUUUA